GAUCCAAGGAGGUGGUGAUAUCCAUGGACGCACGAAUCCAACUCUCUCAUUUGGAGCGCAGCCUCAGCAGCCCUGCAGUCCGCGUGCUCGUCUCGUUCAGUCUCAAACCAAAACAGAGGGACUAACUGUGUCUGCAAUUACAGAAUCGGCGAUUGGAGCAGUAAAACGCGAUUAUUUCCACACUUUUGGAGUGGAUCUGAUAAUCUGAAGAUAUUCUGGGAUUAUGAAGAGGAAUCCGGGAUUCUUUCAUCCUUGGGAAAGGAUGUCACCCUUUUGAGCUCCAGCUGACUUAUUUUGAAUUUUAUUUCUCAUUUGAUACAUUUAUUUUAACUUGAAAAACGUUUUACAUUAUUUAAAGAAAAACAAUGGACCGUGCAGGAUUUGCUGUCUUCAUGGUUGUCGCUGUUGCGCUCGUGCGCAUUGGCGGCGGUCACAAGGAGACGACAGGUGAGAGGGAAGAGGGCGCCGAAGCGGGGCGGCAGUCCCCGGAGAUCAGUCAAGGUCACCCGUUCGCAUCCGGCGGACACGCACCGGGGUCCGAGAGUCCGCUCCGCGCCCCCAGAGCUGCAUCACCUCAGGAUGAACACAGAUCCAAAACUCCCCGGGACGCGCUCGACUCUGCGCCCAGAGACGGCACGCUGCGCACCGCCAGACACCCGCAGAGCCAGCAGCAGAGAGUGAACCGCAGGCAGAGCAGCAAGCCCAGCUCUGCCAGCAGGCGACUCGCAGGGCCUAACGUUUGUGGCGGACACCAGUGCUGCUCUGGCUGGGCAGUGGCUCCAGGAACCAACCGCUGCAUAAAACCUGACUGCCAGCCCCCCUGCCAGAACCGUGGCUCGUGCAGCCGGCCACAUACAUGUGUGUGUCGCUCAGGCUUUCAGGGCCCCCGCUGUGAAGAGGUGGCCCCAGAGCAGGUGUACAUUCGAGAACGAGGCACCCUGAGGCGCGUUGAACCUGGAAGCAACCCAUUCCAGAGAGACCGACCGCAGAGACGGCCGUCAGAGAGGGAUGGCACAGAUACCACCAAGGCGCAGACUCCACGACCUCUGACCUCCAAACUGUCUGUCCACUCUGGGAGCCAAAUGAAGCGGGACCCUCAAGACUCCUCGCCCCAACACUCAGGGACCUCCCGUACCGUCAAGCGUUAUCCAUCAUCCUCUGGGCCUAUAACCUCCAAUGCUCUACCAAGUAGUAACGGCCACGCUCACAGUGUUGAUCACAGCUGGUACAAUCAUAGGAAUGGACACAGCAACACUCCAUCUGGACCCUCUUCUGGCUCUCACAGGCAGACCAACAACCGACAACUACAAGGACAGUUCAACAACGUGUUGCUGCCAGCAGGUGCCAACCUCACCUCGAACCUGGACCGCAUCAAGAUCGUCUUCACACCCAUGAUGUGCAACAGGGUGUGCAAUGGCGGACGCUGCUACAACAACUGUGAGAAGGGAGACAUUACCACUGUGUACAGUGAAACUUCGCAGCAGCAGCAGCAACAGCCAAAGAGCCAGGGCUUCAGACUCUUCUUCUGUCAGAUCCCCUGUCUGAAUGGAGGGCGAUGCAUCGGGAGAGACUUGUGUUGGUGUCCGUCAAAUUCAACAGGGAAGUUUUGUCACCUUGCAGCUCCGCCUCCUGCCAGACCCUCUCCUCACAGCCGCACACUCACCGCCCGCCACGGAGCCAAGCCACCAUCCCACUCCAUGUACACCCUUCCACUAUCUAAUCAGCAAGUGUCUCUGCACCCAUCCUUGGUGAACGUUCACAUUCAGCACCCGCCCGAGGCCGAGGUCCAGAUCCAUCAAGUCGCUCGAGUCCAGCCGGGGCAGAGGCUGGCCAACACAGAGGGAGUCCAUUCUGUCCAGCAGCGCUCACAGCCGGGAAAUGGGCGCCAACACCCCAGUGAACACGGCAGCAGACAGUCUCACUCCACUGGGCAUGAAAACAGCCACGCUACAGCACACAGCCGGCAGAAUGAAGUAGUUGGGAGAUGCUUUCAGGAGACGGCUGAUGGACAGUGUGGCAAGCCUCUGCCAGGCCUGACCAAACAGGAUGAUUGCUGUGGAAGUAUUGGUGCCUCGUGGGGUUUAAAUAAGUGCCAAGAAUGUCCAACCAAACCAGCGUAUGCAGUAAUUGCAAACGGACAAGUUCAGUGUCCUAAAGGUUUCAAAAGGAUGAAUGCCACACACUGUCAAGACAUCAAUGAGUGCCUGCUGCCUGGAAUUUGUAAAAAUGCUGAAUGUGUCAACGCCAAAGGAAGCUACCGGUGCACGUGUAAACCCGGUUACAUGUUAGAUGCUGCAAGGAGCCAUUGUGUCUCGGACAAGGCUGUCUCCGAAGAGAGGGCGUCCUGCUACAGGUCGGUCGCCUCAGGUUUAUGCUCUCUGCCACUGGCCAACCAUCUCACCAAGCAGAUCUGCUGCUGCAGCCGUGUGGGCAAGGCCUGGGGUCCCAGCUGCGAUCGUUGUCCCUUGCCGGGUUCAGACCACUUCAAGGAGAUCUGCCCAGCCGGACAUGGAUACACAUACUCACGCUCAGAUGUGCAGAUAUCCGUCCGGCAGCUGGAGGAUGAUGAGCUGCAGAGCACAGGAGUGUCUCUUGAGGAGCACUAUCCUCAGUUUCCAUCGUCCCAGCCCUCGCUGCCCUUUCCCAGUGGGCCGCAGAACCCCAGUUACCCUCAGACACCGCAAGUGCCCCAGUACCCUGAUUACCACGACACGCCACGAAUACCCCAGCACCCUUUGAGCCCGCAACAUCCGUCAUAUUCAGAGAAUGAAGCAGCUGAACACGCAGAGGGUAGCGAAUUCCUCCUUUCGCCAGCUGUUGUGACUGACUCUCCAUUGAAGCAGCCAGGUAUUAACAAGUGCGCUUCAAUACCCUCUAUAUGCGGCCGUGGAAAAUGCAUUUUGGUACAGACUGGCUACACUUGUCUGUGUGAACCUGGAUUUAAGCUCAGUGCCUUGCAGACCAAUUGCAUCGAUGUAAAUGAGUGUGAUGAAAACCCAUGUGAAGGGAAGGGUCGCUGCAUAAACAGCUAUGGCUCCUACUCAUGCCAGUGCCACAGUGGUUACAGCCAGGUGAUCACACAGAACAGGAAGUUCUGUCAAGACAUUAAUGAGUGCAGCAUGCCCAACAAAUGCCAGAAUGGGAAAUGCGUCAACACGGAAGGAUCUUACACCUGUGAAUGCAACAGUGGUUUUGCCAAAUCGUGGAGAGACCAAUGUGAAGAUGUAGAUGAGUGCAAGGAUCCCAGCUCGUGUCCCAGCGGGAUCUGCAUCAACACACUGGGCUCCUUCCAGUGCCAGGCCUGCAGCCCCGGGUUUAGACUCAUCAAUGAAAGAUGUGUGGAUGUAAACGAAUGCUUGAACCAGACAGUGUGCGGUCGGGGUAGGUGUGUCAAUACACAGGGCUCCUAUCGGUGCAAUUGUUUUCAUGGCUACAAACUCUCUUCGGACAACGUUUGCCGAGAUGUGAACGAAUGUGUCCUGCCGGAAGUUUGCAACCACGGCCACUGUGUCAAUCUGGAAGGCACCCAUGAAUGCACCUGUAACCAUGGUUACCAAGUUACUCCAGACAGAAAAUCCUGUGAAGAUGUCAACGAGUGCGGAACUGGUAAUGCCUGCCCUGUGGGAAUUUGCAUCAACACUGCAGGUUCCUACACUUGCCAGAACUGCAGACCCGGAUUUGGACCAUCUGCUGACGGACUUAGAUGUGAAGAUAUUGAUGAAUGUGCCCGGGGUGACAUGUGUCUGGGCGGGGUGUGUGCCAACACAGAAGGAUCCUUCAUUUGCUCCAGAUGUAGGGCUGGCUACAGAGUGUCUUUGGACCAGCAGAGCUGUGAAGAUAUCGAUGAGUGCCAGUCCCUCUCUACAUGCGCCAAUGGAAUCUGCCUAAACUCUGAGGGCUCGUACUCCUGUGAGAACUGCCCCGCUGGGUACAGGGUUUCGCAUGACGGGGAAUUCUGCAAAGAUAUUGAUGAAUGUGCGCUUCCCACAACAUGCCCCCAGGGGACUUGUACGAACACAGAGGGUUCGUUCACGUGUGUCACCUGUCAGCCUGGUUUCAGGGUCUCUGAUGAUGGGCAGCAGUGUGAUGAUGUGAAUGAGUGCCUGGGCUCUAGUGUGUGCCCGGGUCAGAUGUGCUUGAACACCCAAGGAUCUUACACCUGCCAGAGCUGUCAAACUGGCUUUCAGCUGUCUGAAGAUGGACACACUUGUCAAGACAUAAACGAAUGCCAAACUCCGGGCGUUUGCCCAUCAGGUGUCUGCACCAACACAGAGGGUUCCUUUUCCUGCACGGCCUGCGCUCAGGGCUUCACAGUGACACCCAAUGGCCUCUCAUGUGAAGAUGUGGACGAAUGUCAGGACACCAGCCUGUGUCUUGGAGGCCGAUGCACCAACUCCAUUGGCUCUUUUAGCUGCUCAUGUCCAUCUGGUCUUGAGUUGGUUGAUGAAAAGUUUUGCAGAGAUGUGGACGAAUGCAACAACGACGACACGUGCGUCCGGGGACAGUGCAUCAACACUGAUGGCUCUUUCCUGUGCUUGUGUGAAGCCGGCUUUAAAUUUAGUGUUGAUACAUCUGACUGUGAAGACCAGGAUGAGUGCAAGGAGUUUGGAAGCUCAGUGUGUGGUACCUGGCGCUGUGAGAACACCAUCGGCUCCUAUAAAUGCUUCAUGAAACAUCAGUCAAGCAGUCUUGAGGAAGAUUAUGAUAUUAAUGAGUGCAACAAUGAAACCAUCUGUGGGGAGCACGGCUUCUGCGAGAACACAGACGGCUCCUUCCGCUGCCAGUGUGACAGAGGAUACACUAACCCAGCCGGGGAUGUGACUCAGUGUGUUGAUGUGAACGAGUGCGAGAUGAGCUCGGCUCUGUGCGGGGACGCCAUGUGUGAGAACUACGAUGGAAGCUUCCUGUGCAUCUGCCCCAACGACAAUGAGGAAUUCGAUCCCAUCACCAGCCGGUGCCGCUCCAUGGCUAUGUUUGACACCAAACCCGUUUAUCCAUUCACCCCCUCCUCGGACGAAAGGAAGGAGUGCUACUAUAACUUGAACGAUGCGAACUAUUGCAACAACGUCUUGUCUCGCAACACCACGAAGCAGGAGUGCUGCUGCACCGCCGGGGCAGGUUGGGGAGACAACUGCGAGAUCCACGCCUGUCCUCUUCCAGGAAAAGACGAUUACAACCAGCUAUGUCCUCAUGGAAGUGGAUUUUUACCGUUGCCAGAUUCAUUGAAGCAAAGUCAUGGAAAUCGGCUGCCUUACAUAGAUGCCAAUGAAUGUGAGAUGUUCGGAUCAGAGAUCUGUAAGAACGGACAGUGUUCAAAUAUAUUCGCUACAUACACUUGCUUCUGCCGCUCUGGCUUCUACUAUGACAACAUCCGGCUUGAGUGUGUAGACUAUGACGAGUGUCAGUUUGAGAAUACCUGUGAGAACGGCGCUUGUGUGAACACGGCUGGAUCUUUCAACUGUUUCUGUAGUCCUCCUUUAGUCCUGGACAGCUCGCUUCACCGCUGCGUCAGUCCUAACAGUACAGAAGAAACGUUUGAAUAUGGUCAAGAUGUGCAUGAGGAUAUUUGCUGGCGGCGACUGGAGGAAGUAAACAUGUGUGCAGACCCUCUCCCGGAGCGCAGAACUACCUACACUGAAUGCUGCUGUCUGCACGGCAUCGCCUGGAGCGAUCAGUGUGCCUUUUGCCCCAGGAAAGAUUCUGCUGACUAUGCAACAAUGUGCAACUUACCCUGGGAAGGAGGCUCAGAUAGUCUUCGAGAUCAAAUAGGAUUUGAGUACGGUCCCGAGGGCCCAGAAGAUCCUUCUGUACCAUUUCUUCCUCCAUAUUGGGAUAACUAUGGUGGCCCUGGAGGAACAUAUGACAUUCCUGAGAGUGUUCCCCUGUUUCAUGAUCAUGACUACAAUGUUCAGCAGCCUCCUGUUCGUGUCCCCGUCGUGCGACCAGGGAGUCACCCACAGCCAGUGAAUCCUCACAGUGAGCACCACAAUGCCUUCGAGGGUCUCCAAGCGGAGGAAUGCGGGAUCUUAAACGGGUGUGAAAAUGGUCGCUGCGUUCGCGUGCAAGAGGGCUACACCUGUGACUGCUUUGACGGCUACGAACUUGACCUGAGCAAGAUGGCCUGUGUCGACAUAAACGAAUGCGAGGACAUCAGUGACAAGGUCCCCUUAUGUCACAACGGACAGUGCACCAACACUGAGGGAUCCUACAAGUGCACCUGUUUGGCGGGCUUUGUGGCUUCAGCAAAGCCGCACACGUGCAUCCCAACAAUCCCAGAUCCAAAGCUGAGGGACUCGGAAAAAUGAGAGAAAGACUCCUCCCUCUGAGAUCUUCCCCCAACCCCCUUUGGCACUAAACCUGCAACAGCACCGCUGAAACGUCCAAGAAUAUAUAUGUUUUUUAAGAUAACUCACACAACUGCCCUUUAUUUACAUUCAAGAAGUCUUGGAAGUGUGCAAUGAAUGUAUUACAUAGCUUUUAGUACGCACCAGAUAUCCAUUUGCCUUAGAGGGAUUUCACAACUGAUCUAUUAUAUUCAGUAAACCCUUGAUGAUUUGAUAUGCAGAUUUUCUCUCAUCUGUGUUUACUUCUUUUUGUAAAAUGACAUUAUUUAUUUCAUUGAAACGACAGGCCUCUGUACAUUCAGAAAGUAUUUCAGUGGGCAAACACAGUCAUUUUUUGUUUUUCUUGUAACCAUUUGACCAGAGAGCAUAGGUGGGAAGAAAACGUGUAUUUUUAUCACAGAAAGAAUAUGGAAAAACGAAACUAUUCAUGUGUCAUAUCCGCAGAAUUUUCCCUACAUCUUCUGUUCAACAUUCAAGAUGAGGAAAUAUGAAAAUGUUUCAAUUACAAACUUCAGCUUGGGUCAAUUCAAAAGAAGACUGUAAAUGUAUAUCAGAAUUUAGGUAAUAAUUAUCCAAAAAUGUCAGUUUGUUCAUAUGAUUUUAACACCAUUUCUAGAGUUCCAUGGAGCUCCAUUUGUUUGCCUAUCUGUGUUCUUCAUCAGACAUUUUCAUUCAUUGGACUAUUUCCCAGACUUGACUGCUAAAAGGAGACACUGGUUGUUUGACAUGGUGACACACGCCUACAAAACACUUUAAUCUCCCAUCACCAUGUGUGCCUUUCUGCAAGCAUGUAAAGACAGAAGCUGUGUUUGAGAGGUUUUGUACAGAACUUUGUAUUAUUUUUGCUACGUUAUCUUCCUUUAUUAUAGCACAACUAAUAUUUUUGACAUACAUUUUCAAAAUGCAAAAAAAAAAUGCAUAAAUAGAUCCAUGUGUGUUUGUAAAAAUAUGCCUUUUGACUUAUUUUCUGAAGUUUUUAAAUAUAAGAAGAGAGGUGGACUCUGUACCAUAGGAACUGUGUGUAUACCCUGCCCUGUGGAGCAGACAAUGAUAUAUACAUUAAAAUAUUUGAUUUUCUUUUGAAAGAAGGAUGGAUGACAGCACGAUUUUAAAUCUCUUUUUUAAAUAUAGAAUCUGUUAUUUUCAUUCAUUUAGAUAUAAUCACCAAUGUCUGUUUGUCACAAUAUUUCUAUAUGUAAUUUAUUUUAGAUUGUAUUAACAUUCUUGUUUGGUUUAUCAUCUUAUUUUCUCUCAUACUGAAUACAAAAUCACCACAUUCAUACAUACUGACACUGGCAGGAAGACAAUAUUCAUUCAAUUCUGAUAUUAACCAGCAUUCAAAACCAGCAGAACCCUUCUAUUAAUGCUUCACACGAACCCCUCUGUGUUUUCUGUUGUUGUUAAAUCACUGCAUGACCCAGACAAGUCUAACCAUGAGGCAUAAGAUCAAACUUUUAACAAAAAAAUUGAGACAAUUGUCUUAUUGGAAAGCUGUUUUGUUUACAUGUUUUGUUUACAUCUUGGCUGUAAGCAGUCAUUUAAAUAAAUCCUAAAAACAUU